AUGAGUGGACCCGAUUAUCAGCUAAACUAUAUCAACGGCGAAGAAUUCCCGUAUCCUGUGACCAUAAACAGGGAAGACUUCCAACAAGAAUUGAAUUGUGAUAAUUUUCAAGUAGAUGAAUUUUUGUAUCAAAAUCACAGGUUUACUUCCAUAGAUUCAUUGAUCAAGGAUUUAACCCAUUUGCUAGACAACCUCAACAACGAAUUAUUGGAUUUAGUUAACAACGACUACACGGAUUUCAUAAAACUAGGAAAGUCUAUUAAUGGGGGGUUACAAUUGAUGCACAAUAUCCAGAUUGAUUUACAGAAUUUCAAUUCUAAUUUAUCGCUGGUUAGAAAACAUUUUCAAACUUCCAACGAUUUAGUGGUGAACUCACUAGAGAAGAAACAGGAAUUAAUUGAAUUGAAAACGAAGAUAAAGCUUUGUCUUCUAUUGAAUGAUCAUGUGAAUAAUUUUGAAAAUAUACUAAAUCUUGAUGACUUAAAUACUGAAAAUGUCAAGUUGGUAACAAAAUUGAAAACUUUAACUGCCCUAUACUUAUCUUUAAGUAAACUUUUUGCAUUAAUAACGUCAAACGAGCGUGACAAUUCAGUUGCCUUCGUCAAUAAGAAUUUAAAGGUUAAGAUCAUGUCAUUAAAGUUCGAAUUUAAAGGCUACUUAGAUGAAAUGCUAACCAGCUUUAAAUCAAAAAGAAUAUCCAACCAGAAUGUAAUACUUGAGUUGUUGAAUAUUUACAAGAUAACGGGACAUGAACGGGAUUUCAUAGCCAUUAUGAAUGCAAAACUGUCUAGUAUAUAG